AUGGGCUGCCUGCAGAGCGUGGCGUGCAAGGCGCGGGUGCGCAGGGAGAACAUCGUGGUCUACGACGUGUCGGCCUCCAUCGAGCCCGGCGCCACCGCCAUCGAGGAGACGUCGCCCAUCGUCUUGCGCUACCGCACGCCCUACUUCCGCGCCGCCGCCCGCGUCCUCAUGCCGCCCAUCCCGCGCCGGCACACCUGGGUGGUGGGCUGGAUCCAGGCCUGCAACCACAUGGAGUUCUACAACACCUACAGCGACCUGGGCAUGUCAAGCUGGGAACUCCCGGAUUUGAGAGAAGGGCGAGUAAAAGCCAUCAGUGACUCUGAUGGCGUCAGCUACCCUUGGUAUGGGAACACCACCGAAACAGUGACUUUAAUUGGCCCCACCAACAAGAUCUCCCGGUUCUCGGUCAGCAUGAAUGACAACUUCUAUCCCAGCGUGACGUGGGCCGUCCCUGUGAGUGACAGCAAUGUGCCGCUGCUCACCAGGAUCAAACGGGACCAGAGCUUUACGACGUGGCUCGUAGCUAUGAACAUGACCACCAAGGAAAAAAUCAUCUUGCAGACUAUAAAAUGGAGGAUGCGAGUGGACAUUGAGGUGGACCCUUUGCAGCUCUUGGGCAAGCGUGCCCGGCUAGUGGGGAGAACUCAGCAGGAGCAGCCCAGAAUUCUGAACAGAAUGGAACCAAUCCCGCCCAACGCACUAGUGAAACCUAAUGCCAAUGAUGCCCAGGUCCUUAUGUGGAGGCCCAAGCGAGGCCCGCCUUUGGUAGUAAUACCACCCAAGUAG